CCUGGAAUAUUGACAACAGAAUAUCUUCCUGCAUUUUUCUAUUUAUUAUACAAAAUCAGAAAAGAGUUGCUUUGUUCCAGUGUAAGUUUUGUCUUUACUUUGGCUUUUUUGCGUCUGUUUUUUUCUUUUCACGAGAAGAUCAAUGCGGCUUGUUGGAUCACAGUCCCAAGACAUGGAUGAGCGUCUCUCCCCAACUGCGCGCUUGGGUCGCAGUCCUGGUUCCCAAACGCGAAUCCACAGCAUUGAAUCCAUUUUGGGAUUUAAGGGAGAGAACAUGUUUCACCCGGCUUUUUCCUAUGGUACAGGAAGGCCAAUAAAAGACAUCGAACACUCCACUAACGGGAGUUUGUCGUCUACCCAAAAGGAAACUACAAAAUCAAAGCACUUUGAAAGUGUAUGUAAUUCUGGGACCAUGGUCAGUCCAGAUUCACUGGACGGGGACAGUGGGAAAUUAUCAGACGAUGAAAAUCCCAAGAAAAAACACAGGCGUAACCGAACCACGUUCACCACAUUUCAGCUUCACGAGCUCGAGAGGGCUUUUGAGAAAUCACAUUAUCCUGACGUAUACAGCAGAGAAGAGCUCGCGCUCAAGGUCAACCUGCCUGAGGUCCGAGUACAGGUGUGGUUCCAAAACCGUCGUGCUAAAUGGCGCCGUCAAGAGAAACUGGAAGUGAGCUCCAUCAAACUCCACGAAUCAUCUAUGCUCUCCAUCCCCAGAUCCGGACCACUGUCUCUGGGUAGCUGUUUGCCUUUAGAGCCCUGGCUUACUGCACCUAUUUCCUCCUCCACGUCUCCAUUACAAUCAUUACCCAGCUUCAUCACCCCUCAACAUGGUGUGCCAGCCAGCUACACCCCUCCACAAUUCCUCGGCUCAUCCACACUCAACCACUCUCUACCCCACAUUGGAGCCGUGUGCCCCCCUCCGUACCAAUGCACUGGGUUUAUGGACAAAUUUCCUCUGGAAGAGGCAGAUCCACGAAACACAAGCAUCGCUUCACUAAGAAUGAAAGCUAAAGAGCACAUACAGUCUAUAGGGAAGACAUGGUAG